AUGUUUUCCCUGUCAAAUGCUGUCGCCAAACAAUCAAUGACUGUUUACGAGCCUUUGCCGAAACUCAGAGGUGGUCAGCCUCUUAUGGACUACAUUAGAGAGGCUCAAUACAAGAAAUUAGAUCCUUCUGGAGAGAAAAGAAAAUUGAUUGACCGCUCAAAUCCUGAAAGACUAAGAUCAGGCGACAUAGUGAGUGUCUUCUACAAAAAUCAAAAGCCAGUCAAUGGUACGAUCAUCAUGGUGAAGAGAAGUGGCGUUGCCUCUGCAAUACUACUCAGAAACAAAAUUACAGGUUUGGGUGUCGAAGUGAAUGUGCCUAUUUUCAAUCCGAACGUGAUGAGAAUAGAUAUUUUGCGCAGACCUGCAAGUUACAGACCGAGAAACAGACACUACUACAUCCGUAACAGCAGGCUUGAUGUUAAGGAGAUUAAGAUGUAG